CCUCCCAAGAAGGACUUUGUGGAGGUGACAGAGCUGACAGACAUCACGUACACCAGUAACCUGGUGAAGCUGAGGCCUGGCCACAUCAAUAUCGUAUUGGUGCUCACCAACGCCUCCAAGAAUGCCCUGCUCAGGAAAUUUGCUAAGGAGGUUUUCUCGUUCUCUGGGACUCAGACCCUCCACUUCUCCUUCCUCAACACUGAUAAGCACCGCCACUGGCUCAACCUCUGACGUUGCGCAGAGCGAGGGCCAUUCAGAUGACGAUGAGGAAUCUUCAGACUACACCAGCCACGUCUAUCAUUUUUCCAAGCCAGUUUAGCUAUUUUCAAUUGGUCUCCACUUCAAUCCGAAAUGACCUGGUUUUCGUGUGUGCUCAGCAAAACAAGACAACAUAGAGGAGUACCCGCAGUUGAAGUUUGUUUCCUACUUGUAGGUUUUGGUUACCAAGUCAAUUCAGGUACCAUGUCUGCCAUUAUGAAGAGGUGGCUUCAUUGGGAGACCACACUGGUUUUGAUGCCACUGUGCGGGUGGAUAUCUGCACUGCUCAAACUAACAUUGGGAGAAACAAUCUCUUUGGACUUCUUACAACCCCUGAGGCUUACUCAGCCAGCAUAUCAGUCAUUUAAGGGUGCACUGACAGAACAACAGGCCCAUCCCUCCACAAGUGCCGCUGCUGACAGGCCACAAGAAGGUGAUAUCUCUCUUGUGGAGGACAUGAUGGAGAAUUUGAAAAGACGUGGCCAGGAUCUCCUCUUCACUGCUGGGCUAGUGGCAAUGGCUAAGCAGUAUCACCUCCCGAAGACUAAACCCUCAAAACUAAUGUCAGCCAUUCACACUUUCGGGAAAUCCAGCAGCCUGAUCAGCAAAAGGGCUGCCACAUUAAGGCAGGCUGCCAGAUGUCAAGGCCUGAUGAUUGGCUGCCAGCCUACUGCUGUGGCACACAGGAAGUCAGGUUCUGGCUCAAAGAGGCAUUUUUCAGCUGGGCGUCACAGCUUUAGUUCGUCAGUGGCUUUGAACACCACCCUUGCCAAAAAACACUGAGGAACUCUACCCCCUUUCCUUGGAGGCAGGAUGUUGGGUUUCGACGCCACUUUAUCCCUCUCACCCCUCUCUCAACGUCCUGCCUCUAAGGAGAGGAGUGAGAGGGGGUAGAGGAGCAUUGAAAGUCAACUUUCACUCAUAUUAACAGCUUAAAAGUUUAAAAACUGAGUAAAAUUGGUAUUAACUGCAAAGUGCACAGUAUGUUUGUAAAGGAGGAUUGAUUAGUUAGCUUAGUUACCUUUUGGCUUUUAUAUUUUUCUAAAUUUUUGUGUCGUCUAUUUGUCUAUUUGUUUAUUCGGCCACUAUAGACUGAAUAAAACAGAGGGAAAUCACUGACAGACAAGGUCAGUUGAGGAUAAGUAGGAUAAACACAAUUAAUGCUAAUUAUAAUUAUUACAACCCCUCCCACUCUGCUUGUGGUCCCUUGUGUGUGUUUUUUCUUUUCCUGUGUAGGAGGCAGAGUGGCAGAGGUGUGUCAGGAGGAUGACCUGAAUCAACUCAUCCUGAUUGAUAUAUAAGAGGGCUGGAUAUAUCAGUCUGCUCUCUCUUUGCCACGCUGCUGCUGCUACUGCUGCUGCUGAGGCAGCCCUCUCUCACCUUUUCUCUAUAGGCACCCGUUUUAGGUUUGGUUCAGUUAUGCUGUCCUAGUUAUCCUUAUACCUUGUUUCACACUUUACAAUACACACACACCCACAUUCAUAGCUCAUGCACACUUACACCACUGACCAUACUGACAUCCAUACCCCAUAUCUCAUUAAUCCUUAAUUGCCAUGUUAAUUUACUUUGGUUUAAUAAAAUAUCUUUUUGUUAAAACUUUA